AUGCCUAAGACUGGCGAGAGGGUCCUGGUCGAAGCCACCUAUAAUCCGAGCAUGCCUUUUAAGUGGACUGCUACUAGAAUACAAGUUCUUCCUAAUCAAGUAGUUCAGGUGAAUGUCCAACCAACCAACAACACCCGUCCUCAGUUGUUACAGCAGCAACAACGCACGCAGCCAUUAGGACUUCCCCCUCAAGGUGUAAACCCACUGAGCCUGGCAGCCAAUCAGCCGGCCUUUUCUACCGUCGGACAGCUCAUGGAAAGCUUAGGUCAACAACAGCAACGGUUGAAUAUUCAGCAAAAUAAUCAACAUAAUUGGAUUCAAGAAGUGGAUUAUGGUGAGGUGAUAGAUGGCAAAAUGUCGAGAAUGAACCAGCUGGGGAGACGUCAGCACUCUCCCCCUCGCAGAGAAAGGGAUCUGAGGCGAGAGCGGUACAGGGACCGAUACUCUCCCCCUCCCCCGAGAAAGAGGUCUCGCUCACCACCCCCCAGACGACCCAGUAGAAGCCCACCCCCCAGGAGGAGGCCCAGGAUCAUUCCAAGAUACACCGUGCAGAUACCCAAGAUUUCUUUGGAUUUGAAAAUCGGCAAUGUGAUGGAGCUGCGCAAGAGAUACUCCAACCUCUACAUCCCCUCCGAUUUCUGCGGCGUCAACUUCCUGUGGCAGGAAGCCUUCCCUCCCCAUCGUCCCUUCUCCAUGGACCACCCCUGCACUUUCCACAUCAUCGGGAAAGAUGCUGAGCCCGUCUUUGAAAACGAUGCUGUCCUGGAUGCUCCAGAUGCAGAUUAUUCUUAUAGUGCAAAAGUGAUGCUGAUGUCCUCUCCCGCCCUGGGCGAGAUCUUCCACAAGUCCUGCUCCCUGGCCGAGGACGGGGAGGACUCCAGGGAGAACCACGUGCACCCCGCCCGCCUCCUCCAGUUUCUGGUGGGCCUCAGGGGCAAGAACGAGACGGUGGCCAUAGGGGGCCCCUGGUCCCCCUCCCUGGAUGGCCCCGACCCGGACAAGGACCCCUCCACCCUGGUGAGGACCGCCAUCAGGACAUGCAGGGCGCUGACGGGCAUCGACCUGGGCAAGUGCAUACAGUGGUAUCGCUUUGCCGAGAUCUACUACCGGCGCGGGGAGUCUUGGAGCAGCAAAGGGCGCGUCGAAACAGUGGUACUUUUCGUGCCGGACGUUUGGAGCUGCCUCCCCACACGCAUUGAGUGGGAUGACAUGUCUCGCAAAAAAGCAAACUGGAAACUGGAUGCGGCGGACGUCCAAGCUCAGGUGAAUGACAUAAAACGAGAGUUGGAAUCGAAGAACCUGGGUGCGAAAGGCCUGAAAUCGCAACUGAUCCUUCGUCUGACCCAAGCGCUGCAGUCGGAAGCAGAAAAAGAAAUGGCGGACAAGUCGUCCGGCCCGGAGCCCGACGAUGCGGACGAAGAAAAUGCCGAUGAAAAUAAAAAGAAAGAAAAGGAAGAAGAAAAGAAAACGAGAGAGGAGAAAGAAAAGACGAACGACAAGCGCAACCUUCCGGAAAACCCGGCCAUCAUCGUUCAGCCGUCCAAGACUGCCAAAAAUCGGAAAUUUGACUGUGCCAUCAUGUCGUUGUCGUUGCUGUUGGACUACAGGCAGGAGGACAACAAAGAACAUUCUUUUGAGGUUUCAUUAUUUGCUGAAUUGUUUAAUGAGAUGAUGAUGAGGGAUUUUGGUUUUCGUAUUUAUCGUGCUCUGGUGGAAGCUCCAGAAGUUAAAGAUGAUGACAAAGACAAAAGGAAAUCAGACAAGAAAGAUGAUAAAAGAGAACGAAAGGAUUUAAAAGAUAUGGACUAUCGUAAGGACGAUGCAGACAGUGACAAAGAUGACGAUGACUCAGAGGAUGAUGAUGGUGAUGCUGAUGAAAAAAGAGACAAAGAUCGCAAGAAGCGACGAAAGAAAAAGUCUCAGAUGCUCACUCAUGACCCAUAUUUAUUAUUAUCCUUCGUUUAUUAUGACCAAACGCACUGCGGAUAUCUACUCGACAAAGAUUUGGAAGAAAUCUUCUACAUGCUUGGAUUGAUGUUGACCAGAGCACAAGUGAGGAAAUUGAUACAGAAAGUGUGCAAGCGAGAGGUCCUGCGAUACAGGAGGCUGACGGACGGCCCCUCGGACUCGGAGAAGACCGGCAAGUCCGACUCGGGCAAGAUCAACUUGGAAUCUCUCGCAUCGGGCAACAAGAAGUACAUCCCGGAGCUGAGGCGUUCGAACUCGAAGGGCGGGGAGGAGUCCUCCCUGGUCUCCUGUCGGGGCUCCCUGGUGGACGUGGGCAAGCUGGUGGACAGGCUGGAACUGAGCGAGAAGGGGAGGCUGGAUGCGGAGGACAAGAUAAGGGCGCAACUCUCCGAACUGGAGCGCCUGCAGGAAGAGGUGUCCGCCAGAGAGAGGCAGCAGCAGAAGCUGGCGGCCGACCUGGAGGACCGGAGGCAGAGGCUGAGGGCCGCGGAGGACGAGCUGAAGAGGGCCAGGCAGGAGGCGGAGAGGUGCCAGCGUGCCCUGGGCGCCAUCCGGGACGGCCUGCAGACCACCCUGGGGGUGGCCGAAGGCGCCCUGGGCAAGAGGGCCAGGCCCUCCAGGGGCGGGGAGGCCGAGGCGCCCAGGGUCAAGCGGGAGGCGGAAGAGGCGAAGUCCGAGCCGAACGGAGACGGCGGAGUGAAGUCCGACGGGAACGGAGACGGCGGAGUGAAGUCCGACGGGAACGGAGACGGUGGAGUGAAGUCCGACGGGAACGGAGACGGUGGAGUGAAGUCCGACAGGAACGGUGACGGCGGAGUGAAGUCCGACAGAAACGGAGACGGUGGAGUGAAGUCCGACAGGAACGGUGACGGCGGAGUGAAGUCCGACAGAAACGGAGAGGACCGAGCGAAACGGGCGAGAAAGGACUCUCCUCCGAGGGAGAAGGAGGAGGAAGCGACCGCGAAUGGGGAGAAGUAGGAAGAGGAGGCGGUCGAGAAUCGGGAAAAACUCCCCUCCGGGGGAGAAGGAGGAAAAGGGGGCGGCCACCACGACAGAUGGAGGAUGUGGUGGACGAGAAGUGAUAUUUUCUAUGACUCUAGAGGAGAGCUCGGGCUGUCGGCGUGAAUGUCUCGGGAGAGGGUUGCCACGCCACAGGGAAACCUGAACAAACAGGGAAAAUGCAGGGAAUUCAAAAAUCAACAACAAAAAAAAUGAAGGAAAAUCCAGGGACUUUUGAAGAUUUCUUCAAAAACCUGGAAAGUACAGGGAAUUUAUUUAUUUUUUAAAUUGAAGUUGCAAAAAUAAGUGUCCACACAUAUAAACUACCAAAAGUAUUACUAUAAUAAAAUUCAUAAAUAAAAUAUAAUAAAAAAUUGGUUUUUUAAAGGGGUUUUUUUCUUGUUUAGUUGUAUAUUAAAAUGUCUAUCAUAAAAGCAAACAUUAUGUAUUUUUCAUUUCACAUGCAUUUUUUUUUUUUUUUUUCAAAUAUCAGUAUUUGCUCAUUUGUUAGACUGCAUACCCAUAUAGGGAAAACUCAGGUAAUUUUUUUCCCAGAAUGGAGUGGCAACCCUGUGGGGAAAAUAAUUCAGUGAAGCCCUUUGAUGAAAUUCU